CGGGAGCUCGGUGGAGAGUGUAGACCUCUGUCUGCUCUGCAGACGCCGCUGGCUGUGGGGUUGUUUCGGGAAGGCGGACCCGGCGAAGCCCAGUUCCCGCAUUCGGCUGCCUGCCUGCCUCCCUGCCUGCCGUGCGUCUGUCUGCGCCCGUGUCAUCCUUGCUUGGGACGCGGUGACCGUUUUUAAAUCACAAGGGCGUGGGUCAGCCUCCCCUAGGACUUCAUGUCUGUAUAUUUCCCCAUUCACUGCCCUGACUAUCUGAGAUCGGCCGAGAUGACUGAGGUGAUGAUGAAUGCCCCAUCCAUGGAGGAGAUUGGACUCAGCCCCCGAAAGGAUGGCCUUUCCUAUCAGAUCUUUCCAGACCCGUCAGACUUUGACCGCUGCUGCAAACUGAAGGACCGCCUGCCCUCCAUAGUGGUGGAGCCCACGGAGGGGGAGGUGGAGAGCGGAGAGCUCCGGUGGCCCCCUGAGGAGUUUUUGGUCCAGGAGGAUGAGCAAGAAAACUGUGAAGAAACAGCGAAAGAAAAUAAGGAGCAGUAGAGUCACUGCAGACUGCAGACUCCCACAGGUGGCACUAGACAGCAUCUGGACCUGAACUGUGUUUUUCUCACCGUGAUGGAAGAAGAGCGUGAGCCACAGUGGUUCUGAAAAUGUCAACUGAUGGCUUCCGUUCUGCACCUGCAAAUCACAGAGUUGUUUUUGUUUUGUUUUUUUAAUUUUCUUUUCUUCUUUUGAAAUUUGUCGAGCAGUGGAGCCCUCUGUGACACUUGCAAGGCCUUCUGAGAAAGGAAGCUGCUUCAAGAAGGGGGCGGGGUGUGGGGAAGUAGAUUCUGUUUUGAAGAUCACUAUCUGAGCUCAAGCAGGCAAGAGCCAGUGGUGGGAUUCCAGUGGGCCUGGGACAGGGUGGAGGUGUGCAAAGAGAGCAAGGAACACUGGAGGAAGAAAGCAAACACAAGAAGAAAGGGAAAAGUCAUGUCUUAAGAACACAUUGAGCAGAGAGCUGCAGCCAGGAAAUACUCCAGGAGCAUUUGCUCUGGCUGCUAGGGCACCAGAAAACAAAGUCUUCAUCUCUCUCCAAUCUCACCCCCCCAGCACCCUUUGCUUUGACUUCAAGUGUGUCUCUCUGUCUGUCUGUUAUGGGAGGAGGAAAGGAGAGCAGGAGUAGCUGGCUACUUGCAGACCAGCUGGAGGUGAUGGGAGAGGGUGGGGAGGAAAGGAGAACCCUGUUCCUACUUCAUCCUAUUCCUCUGCUCCCAGCUGUGGUCAAAACCACCUCCCUGAGGUAGCCUAAAGGCUGAGAGGCAGCGCUCUGGAGCUUCUCACCCCUGAGUUACCCCUUGUUGCUUUCCAGCCCUCUUGGGAGUGGCCAGAGCAGAUCCUGCCCUCAAUGGAGGCCCCCACGUGGACACUUUGGUACAAAAGUCCCUCCUUCAACUGCUCCCCCCAAGACUGUUGCUUUCAGAGUCUGACUGGAGGCAUCCAGUGGGCAGGGAGUUCUCCCAGGCUUGCCCUUCCCUCUCCUCACCAGCCCCCUCCCCAGCCCUUCUUCUCAUUCCAGCAGCCUGACCACUCUGAGUGGGCUCUCAGCCUGUUCUUCUUGUGGGAGCUGGAGUAGGGGGCAGGGAAACAUCUUUCUUUCUCUUUUGGUGGGGGAGUUUAAUGCUGGUCCCUGGAGCUGGCAGAGCCUCACAGGUAUGGAAAGGGUGACGAGGUCUUCCAGCAGCCGUGGGAUCAAAUUUGAGAUGAACAGUUGUCACGAGAUACAUGACUUCUCCCCCAAGUUGUUCCUGGAUGCAGAUGGGAGGGAGGUGUGGUGAGGGCCACUCUAGUGACCCGCACUGAACUGUGGUUCUCAUCCCUCCCCACCUCCCACCUGUCUCUGACAAGGGCGCCACAGUUAGGAACCACCGUCUGGAGCAGCACGUUGCAGAACAGACCCCUCAGACCAUCUGGAUCUCAGAGCAGGACUGUGUAGCCAAGAGCAGAACUGCAGAAGCAGGCAAGGCCGUCACCAUGCCCCAUCAGGCUUCAGUCAGGCCAGGCUGAACCUCAUUUGGGACUUACAUGUAUAGUUGCAUUUAAGACCUCCAGGCUAAUGUGGCUCUGGAGAACGUUGUGGCAGGGAGGACCAGGGUGUGCUUUGGCCCGUCACAGGAUUUGGUUCUGGAGAGCCGAUCUCCACUCCCUCUCAGCUGCCUGCCUCCUCCUUCUCUCUUGUCUGCUUGUGCUACACAUACCGAUGGCAAUAAAUUCUUUCAGCUCCUUGCUGAAGUGGGAGAGGCCUGCAGCUGCCUGUGAAAGCAGGCCUCCCUCUGGCACUCCUUCUCAUUCUCUUUUGGUGUCCAAGAGCCUUUCAUCCUUACUCUUCCUUCCCUCCUAGCAUUCCACAUCCCUUACCUCCCUUUUUAAUGGGGUCUUGCCUUUUCAAAUCCUAUGUUUUUGUGUCUCCCUCUCAUCUGCUGCCCUAUCUCAUGUGUCCCAGUCUUGCCAUGUGAUGGGAACGUGCUUGUAAACUGUAACAAACCUACUUUGUGUAUAUGUGUGUUUGUGGGGGUGGUUUAUGGUUUUUUGCUGGUUCCUAGACCACUUUGUACAACCAUUUAGAGUCUGAGCAGGCCAGGGGCUGACAGCUAAAGCCAGGCCCCUCCACAGGUUAGCCUACUGGGGGGCACCCAGAUGCUCUUGGACAAAUGGCUGAGCUCCUGUCUGGCCUCCUCUUUUUUUUUAAGUAAUACGUGUGUAUUUCUACCUGAUUGUAUUGAAAAAAUCCUAGUAUUUCAGUAAAAACACCUGUUGUAAGAUGAACCUCCAUCUGUAACUUCUAUCUGUUCUUUUUUGAGGCUCAGGGAGAAACUAGCAUUUUUUUUUUCCAAACUACUUUUUGUCACUGUGACAGUUGUAAAUAAAGUUUGAAAAUGCUUUCCACUCUGGCCUGGUAUCCUUUCUUUCCUCGUGACCAGACUGAGUGAGAACAGGAGGAAGGAUUAACUUGCAGAAGGCUGAGUUGGUGUUGAGUCCCAAAAGAGAUUCCUUAUAUAUCUCACCUGCUAACCCUUUGAGGUGAGCUUCUCCAUAGUUUUUAAUCACCUGGCUGAAUAAAAGUAGCCUUUUCUUCUACACCAUUGAUUUCGGCCCUGGAUGCACAUCAGAAUCACCUGGAAAGCUUUAAAGACAUACAGGUACAUGAGCCCU